AUGGAGUUUGAAUGCCACUUUUCAAUCUGGGGACUUCUAGCCUUUAUGACUAUGGGUCUGAUUGUUUCAUUGGUCAUAAAUAUUUCAUACUGCAUAGCAAACAAGCAAAAAGGUUACACGUACAGAGACUAUCAAGAAUAUAAUCCAAGCUAUGAUGAUGAUUAUACUGAAGAAUGCCCAGUUUAUGGCAACCUCAAUCAGGAAAUUUUAGAUGAAUGUUGCUAUGAACAAAUGAAGGCCCAUCCUCGGAGACACGCUAAUGAAGUAAAGGUGGAUGUUGAAAGUCAGAUGUGCUAUGCCUCCCUCGAUCACAGCAUCAAGGAAAAACACAGGAAGCCUAGGAAAAAGAAAGCUCCUCCGUUAGAAGUGAAUGAAGAAGAGAUGCCAUCUAAAAACAGCACCCUGGCUUCCCAAACUAGCAUUUAUCUCAACAGUGACCAGCUGGCCGCUGAAAAUAAACCAACAGAGGAAGCCAUUCAUGAUGACCCUAUCAGACUGUUUGGCUUGAUUCAUGCAACAUAG